UACUCUCAACUAACAUUCAUGCAUCAUUUUCAUAAUUUUUUCGUUUGCAAAAAUCAAAAUUCAAAAAAAAUAUACACACAUAUGAAUAUUACAUAACGUGAAGUGAUUGAUUGAAGAGCAACAAGAAAAUUGCCAAUGUCGAAAAAAGAACAAAAGAAAGCAAAAGAACCCGAAUAUAAGUUGGAAACAGUUCCGAUGGAUCCACGUUUUCCCAACUCGAAUGUGACGCGACAUUGUUGGUUUUCCUAUGUGGAAUUCCAUCGUUGUCAGAAGAGUCGUGGUGAAGGGCAUGAAUCAUGCGCAUAUUUUCAAAAAGUUUUCAAAACAAUGUGUCCGAAUGCUUGGGUGGAAAAGUGGAAUGAACAACUGGAAGCCGGUGUCUUUCCAGGCCGAAUUUAAAAUUUUUCCUUUAUUAGUUUGCUGUGAAUUAUUGUUAAAUGACAUAAUCCAUACUCCAUGCUUUAAAACACGCAAACAGCAAUACAGCACCUAAACGCAUAUUCACAAUGAAAAUCCACUUUUUCAUCUUUUUAAUAUAAAUUACUUAAAUAAAAUUGUUUUUAGUGUAGAAAAGUACUAAAUUUUUUCGGUACAAUUCCUGCACAAGUUGAUAAAAAAAUGUGUCUUGCAUUUAUAAAUAACUACAAAGUGGCAACUUCAAAUAUAAUAUGUGCAAGAACUAUUUACAGUUUCUUUGGAAGUGUUUACAUUGACUUCAUAAUGAUCAAAAAUUUUUGUUUUUAACUAACUUUUAAAUUAUUAUUUUUAUCGUUUUUAUCAAACAUUAUCUUUUGUUACGUUAUAUUUUUAUAUAUAAUACACUUUCUCAAUUCAUAUGUGUAUUAUUCGCUAAGAAAUACAUAUUGAUUUGAUUUAUUUAAAAUUAAUUAUAGAUAUACAUAUGUACAUAGUAUAUGUACUGAUUGUAAACGAAAUUAAUGAUAUUCAUAACAUAACUAACCAUAACCAAUCAUUUCUCUUAUAUGUCUUUGUAUACCGUGUACUUUUCAUAUAAAAAUCAUCAAAUAUUGCUCGCUCGCUCGCUUGCUCCUUGGCUUUGCCUUUUUCUUGUUGUUGCGAUUUAUUAA